AGUUUACGUCAGUCAAAUGACGUAAUCAACAUGGCGAUGAACAAGCGAUCUGGAUAAUGUAAAAAUAACCGUUUUUUUGUUUGUUUGUUUGUUUAUGUCCGUAUGCGUGUAAAUAAGAAUACAGGCAUGUUAAAUGUUCUCUACAUAAUAAAACUGUAACGCUGCAUAACUGAAUGUAGUUUGCCAAGAUAACUUCGCCUAGCUUUAUUAUUUGCUCGUUAUGGACAGUCUGUAAUCUUGUCAUGUAGUUUCCACCCGAUGCAAACUGGGCGAAACAGGAAACGAGCAAUCUUGAUGCCAGAGCUGGAUUACAACGAGAGUAGCAUUUGUUGCCAGUUUGCCACCUUCGACACAAGAAUCUUUCUCACUACAAAUGUCUGCGCAAAAAGACUGCGAAUUUUUGGUCAAAAGAGCUCGGGAGCUGGUGCCCGAUGACCCAUGUGCGGCUAAAGCUUGGCUCAUAACGGCCAGAACCCUUUACCCAGCCGAUUUCAACAUACAGUAUGAAAUGUACACCAUUGAACGCAAUGCCGAAAGGACUUCCUGUGCAGGGAGAUUGCUGUAUGACAUGUUCUUAAAUUUUCCAGAUCAGCCCGUAGUUUGGCGUGAGAUCAGUGUCAUCACCGCAGCUCUGCGAAGUGACGCUCAGGACAAACAUUCGCAGUUCCUUCGAGGGCUUUUUGAAACACUUCCGGGCCGUAUACAGUGUGAGAUGCUUCUGAAAGCCACAGAGCAGUGUUUCAACACUUUGGAAAAGGCAGAGAUGCUGUUGCUCCUACUAAAACGCUUUCCGGAGUCUGUCGUCCAGCACGGGGUGAGCCUAGGCGAGACACUGUUGGAAGCUGAAACAUCUGAGAAAGUGGAAUCGCCCGUCAACUGCUUCAGAAAACUUUUUGUGUGUGACGUCCUUCCUUUAGUUAUAAACAACAUGGACAUGCGCCUGCCAGCCAGCUUGAUGCAGAAAUACAUUUUGAAAGCUGCUGAAUUCUACAUCGGUUAUGUCACUCGAGGACCUUCACCCGAAGGACAGAUCAAUGCCGCUCAAGAAGGUGGUCCUCUAAAGUCUCCCAGUGUCUCCCGUGGCUCCCAGCGCUACGUUAUUGACGGUUUGUCAGAGAAGUCUUCGGCGGUUGCUGAGCCUUGGGAGAGGCUCUUAGACCUCCUCGCUGUCGUCGGCGCUCGAUGUGAGUGGCAGGGCGAUAAAGGACAGAGGAGUUAUGUGGACCUGCUUCAGAGAGUAAAGGAGCUGUGUCGCUACUUGCCAAGCUUGGAGGGAGACACCAGAGCCCGCUGCUGCAGUCAGGUGGUUAUCUGCACCGCUCUGGUUCUCUUCCGCAACGCUUUCCUCUACGUCUCAACCGUACAGCCAGCGCUUUUCCAGGGUGUGAAUACUUUAAACUUGGCGCCGUGGAUUCUAGUGGAGGAUUUUAGCACCGUGUACAAUGAUGUGGAGGUGGAGAGGGGAACGGUCAAACACACGCACAAGAAGCGCAAAAUGGCAGAUGGCAGAGAGAAGACCAUGAGUUCAGACGAUGAGGACGCUUUGGGGAAGGUGCGUGGCCGUCACAUCCUCGUGAACAAGACCGAAAUGGCCAACUGGUCGGAGACUUUGGAGGGAUUUUACACAGCCAGGGAAAGCUGGGACCUUCUUCACUCCCAUGACAGUCUCGAAACUGAGUUCAAAAAAAUGUGUGCCUCAUGGAAGACAGAAAGUUGGCUGUGGUUCCGAAUCUUUCUUACUGACAUGAUCAUUUACCAGGGCCAGUACCGGAAAGCCCUAUCCAGCCUGCACCAGAUGGCAGCCGUGCAGCAGCCCCAGUCGGGACAGCAGAGCCCCUCAGGUCAGACCAGUCUGGAGCACCACAGAGCCCUCAUACAGCAGGCAUCUUGCCACUACGCACUGGGAGAAUACAGGAUUGCUUGCGAGAAGCUUCUUGAUGUUGUCAGCGGACUGGUACCUCCAAACCAUGAAGCAACAAAACCUUUUGAAGAUCAGACAAGACCAAAAUCCAAAAUGAAGAAAAGCCACGACCUGAGAUUGCUUCCAUGCACCAGCAAUGCUGUAUUACCAUUCUGCCUCCAGCUGAUGUUAGCCUGCUUUAAGCCACGAGCCUUCACAGACAACCGAGACGAUCUUUCACUGGGUCACGUGGUGGUGCUCCUGCAGUAUGAUUGGCCGCAGGGCGAGAUGCUGUUCCUAAAAGCCGUGGAUAAAAUUUGCCAGCAAGGUGGUUUCCAAUAUGAGAAUUUCUUCAACUAUGUCACCAAUAUCGACAUGCUGGAAGAGUUUGCGUACCUGCGUACCCCCGAUGGAGGAAGGAUCCAGUUAGAGCUGCUUCCCAACCAGGGAAUGUUGAUUAAGAACCCUAGGCCCUCCCUGGGGGUGGAGUUAAACACCCUUCUGCUCCAAGGGGUGCAGAUGAUGGACAGACACCACACAGUGACCAGAGGGAUUACCAAAGGAGUGAAGGAGGAUUUUCGUUUAGCCAUGGAGAGGCAGGUGUCGCGUUGCGGAGAGAACCUGCUCAGCGUCCUGCACCGUUUCUGUAUCAACGAGAAAAUAAUCAUCGUCCAAUCUCUCCCUUGACACUUUUAAAUGUGCUCAAAAGUGAACCCGGACUGACUUUCUGUCAAAAUGUGGAGAUGGACUGAUGGCAUUUUCUCAGUAUUCUUUUACAGCUCUUGUGCUAAUAUUUUAAGUGAUGUCAUUAUGAUGUAAUAUUUUUGUCAGAGCAUUUUGUUCAUCUGUAUGAUACAAUUAUUCAAUCGUUUGUAUAAAUGUUUUUACCAUCAAUAUUCCACCAAUUAAUGCAGGAUCAUUGCCACCAUUUGGCACAGGAUGGCAAGAGCAAGAAGAGGCAUUCAGUUUCACCACAAACAUUUGCAAAUACACGGAGGCUCAUAAACCCCUGCUUGGAUUUUUAAAUGUAUUUCACUUCUUGGGAUGUAGUAUUUAAGAUUUUCUCAGAGAAAAAGUUUCUUCUCUUUGCUUUAGUGUAUUUUAGACUUUCCUUCAAUUGUGAAUAAAGCACACGUGUUGUUUUAUCUUGAACUGCAUCAAAACGCAUAUUGUCAUAUGUAUUAAAAAUGUUGUUUUUGAAAGUCACUGUAAUAAUUGAGUUAGGAGGCAGCCCUAAAACGUUUGCUCGUGUAGGUCUGCUGUCACACAAUACAAACCAUUAAAGAGUAUUCAUCCGUAAUGCAGCAUUAUAGACAAACACAUAAAUUGAUCAUCAACUGGAACAUGGGAGAGAACCAUUUUGUAAUACGUCAAUGGUUACAAUGAUUACAAACGUAGCUUGGAUGGUGCCCUGUGCAAUUACAAGAUGCUUUAGUCAUUAUUGUAUUUUUAUAUACAAUAUUUUAAUACAAUACCUAAUUAGUACAAUGCAUAGGCGGAGAUUGAGGGUGGUCAGUGCCCCCCUGUUGGUCGAAAAAUAUAAUUACAUGUAAUUAACUUUACUAUAAAUGAAUUUAAAGCAACACUUGAUAAAAUUUCAGUUUUGGUCGAUUUUAGCGACACCGGUGGACAAAAGCAGUAGUGUUUUGCCUUAAGAAAAACUGCGUUUCCUAUGAAGACCAGCGCACAGCUAUGGGGGGCCGUUAGGGACAUAAUUCAGGAUUACCUUUCACCAGGGGUCGCGUUAACCGAAUAUUUUCCGUCGUUGACCGGUUUUUUAAAACAGUGACAGAAAAAACUGAAGUCCAUCUGUCAUUUUGACAGGUUGCAAUUCACACCCCAGACCACAGGGUGGCGAGUGAGCAUAUUAGCUAUUGUCUCUCUUGAUGCAUGACGUCGUUGGCCUUACUCGGAAAAAUGUCAAGGCAACUGAGUGUAUGCCUGGCACGGCCAGACUGUUCUCCCUGUAUUUUUCAAACACUGAGAGAAAAGUCUGGGACACAGCCUCUCGAGUAGGUACAAAAUCAAUCGACAAAUCAGAUUUGUUUAUUUGCGUGACGUGUUCUUCACGAGCAACGUCACUCUUGUGCGCCGAAAGUCGUCUCUACAACAACACGGAUGGCGAACGGGAGAACCGAGAAUAUGUUCCAAUCCGCGGUAAAUUCAGUUUUAAAUGAGCUAAAACACAUCGACACGAGUCAUUGACAACAGUCUGUCUCGCGCUAGCCAUGUUGAAUAAACUCCGUUCUCCUCGUAUGUUUACUUCCGCGCGCAAGUCCCUCGUCCUGCCCUCGUCGCUUUGCUAACGACACAUCUGCCCGUCGCUGAUUGGUGCACUCCGCUGUCUGUUUGCCUCUUGUUAAGCUUGUUCGGACAGAAUAUUAAUUAAAAAUGAAUGACAACUAAAUAGUAUUGAAUAUGUCAUUAUUAUCAUUUUAAAAAUGUAAGUGACGGGUAAA